GACAGAAACACUUCUGGGUCUAGUAAAUGUAGUCAUUGAACUGAAAAUGCAUAUAAAAUCUUAUUCAUAGGGGCUACACAUUUUAUUUUCUCUCCUUGUCUUUAGUACCCUAUAAGCUGAAAAUGUCAAAAAUAUUGUAUGCAGGGAAAAUAAUGCCUCCUAGAAAGGAAAAAGCAAAUAAUGACCACCAUUCAUCAGAGGGAAUCCCUGAUACAGUUAUAACUUUGGAAACACUAGAUUCACCAGGGUUCUGCAUUAAGCCCAUGGAUCUAGACAACAACCUGGCUGAAGCUCGUAAUUCGGUCAUGUCUUUCAUUCGCUUGGAUAUGAUGUGUUUGAAUGAAGAGAUACUUAAAGCGAUACUCGUCUGCGUUGCUGAACUGCAAUCAGUCUUUCCAACAGGGACGAAUUGGAAACCAUUGCGGUCACGACCAACAAGUGCUAUCGAUAUCGUGAGUUGCUUACUACAGUUACAAAGUUGCAACGUGAUAUAUAUUUGCUUAGGUUCACCAGCAGACACAGAGAGGAUGAGCUGGUCAAAGCAAAUGAGGCCAUUAUUAAUAAAAUCCAGGCUAAUUUUGAGAAGCAAGCCAUCAAUGCCCGUUCCGAUAUAAAUCUCAGACAAGCAAACCAGGCGGACCUGUCUGCUGAAGAAGCAGAAUUGAGAGAACAGGCAAAGGCCUCUGUUCGUGAACACCAACAGUUUGUGACAUCCUUGCAUACUAAGGCCAGAAAUUAUGAAGUAUGGGUUAAAGAUUUGGAGAAAGCUCAGAAGGAAUUGAGCGAACUGAAGCAGAGUUGGUACUCACUGCGUGACUUGGACUUGUCUUUUGUUGAUGGUUAGGACAUGACUGUGACUGCCUUGACUUUUUCUUUUGUUAGAUGCUUAGUCUUACAGUUUUACUUACAUUAGAUAAUUGAGGAUGGCUAGCAAUUUUAUUCAAGUUUUUUUCCGGUCAUCUUUGUUUCAGUCUGUAAAAAUAUAUUUACAUUGAAUGUUAUAACUCGUAGUUACUACUAUAUCGGUUAUUGAAAAAAAAUUAUUACUACA